GCUUGUUACAGUUAUAGUUGCCUCUGUGUGCGUCUGUGUGUACUUUUUUAUCUAGCGAAAUAUUAUAGAGCAUAUUAAAAAACUUUGGGAAAAGUUAAAAACGAAGAGAAGCAGAAGUCGAAACAAGUUGUGAAACUUCAAAGUUGGGCACUAAAGAGCAAUAGUAGUCAAGUGCUGCCAAAAGGUGAAGCGUCAGCAGUAACAGCGGCAGUUAAGGAGCAACAACAGCGACAACCGGCACCGGAAAGAGCAGCGGUAAAAGGACAAACAACAACGACAACAUGGGAAAAAAGAGCUCGAAAUUGAAACAGGAUACCAUCGAUCGCUUAACAACUGACACAUACUUUACUGAAAAAGAAAUACGUCAAUGGCACAAAGGAUUUCUAAAAGACUGUCCGAAUGGUUUACUCACAGAGCAAGGUUUUAUCAAAAUCUACAAACAAUUUUUCCCACAAGGCGAUCCCAGUAAAUUUGCUUCGCUUGUGUUUCGUGUCUUCGAUGAGAACAAUGAUGGGUCAAUCGAGUUCGAAGAGUUCAUACGCGCCCUGUCCGUCACAUCGAAGGGCAACCUGGACGAGAAAUUGCAAUGGGCCUUCCGUCUCUACGACGUCGACAACGAUGGCUACAUAACGCGCGAGGAGAUGUACAACAUUGUGGAUGCAAUCUAUCAGAUGGUGGGCCAGCAGCCGCAGUCGGAGGACGAGAACACGCCGCAGAAGCGAGUGGAUAAGAUAUUUGAUCAAAUGGAUAAGAAUCAUGAUGGCAAAUUAACAUUAGAAGAAUUUCGUGAGGGUAGUAAAGCUGAUCCACGUAUAGUUCAGGCGUUAAGUUUAGGUGGUGGUUAAACAACAGAUUCCCAAACAGAAAAAGAAAAUAAAGAACUAAAGCAAAUCUAUAGAAACGCGCAACAACUACAACUGUAACAUCAAAUAAAACUUUCAAAAUGCAGCCAAAAGUUUCUGAGACAAAGUGGAGAAAGCGCUUCUGGUUUUUGGUUACAAAUCUCUUAAAAAACUCCCA